ACAAGAGUCAACUUCCAGCCUCUUCAGCUUUUCAGAGUUACAAGCAAGUGCAGCUCGGAGUCUGACUGAGCCCUCUGAGCUGCUCUGACACCCCGGUUUCCCUCCUCGAGGGGAUGGUUGUGGAUCCCCUGGGGCCAGGAGCGACUCUGUGGCUCCUACAGAAUAACACCUUUUUCUUGUUUGGGGUUAUAUCUAAAUUAAAGGGAGAUGAGAGCCGCACUUUGUUACUUCCUGUUGUGGACGACGUACCUGCUGCUGGCCACCUCUGAGGAAGUGGAGUUUCCCCAGGAGCUGAUAGACAGACUGUCCCACAGUGAAAUCCACAGCAUCAGCGACCUCCAGCGGCUACUGGAGAUUGACUCCGUAGGUACGGGAAACGAUGUUAUUGAGGAGCCCAAGCAUCACAAACACCACAACCACCAUAAGAACUAUUCCCGUCACCCUGGUUACUACAACGAAUUGAAGAGCUCCCAGCUCCACAGCCGACGCAAGAGGAGUCUCGUGGAAGAGGCGGUCCCAGCAGUGUGUAAGACGCGGACGGUGAUCUACGAGAUCCCCAGGAGCCAGGUGGAUCCCACAUCUGCUAACUUCCUGAUAUGGCCGCCCUGUGUGGAGGUGAAGCGCUGCACGGGCUGCUGCAACACCAGUAACAUGCGCUGUCAUCCUUCCCGCAAGCACCACCGCACCGUGAAGGUGGCCAAGGUGGAGUACGUGAGAAGGAGACCCAAGCUGAAAGAGGUCUUUGUGCGGUUAGAAGACCACCUGGAGUGUGUGUGCACGUCACAGCAUCAUGUGGUGGAGCACUCAGAUGCAGAAACAGUGGACGUGAGGUGAGACCAAUCGCAACAAGGGACUUUAGCAUUGGAGGGACCUAAAUAGAGGACGCCAGCAACUGGAGACCUGCUGUGGCCUCUUCCCGACCACCAUGCUACAUUCGUUUGAAAAAUAGAAAACUUUUCUGUAAAGAUGAGUGACUGAACAAUAAGUAACAGACAAAACUAAAUACGAUGCCAAAGGUGCUUUUAAAAAACCCAAUACGCAGUGAUGAUGACUUCCUCUGGUACACCAUCUACCGAGUCAACUGAACACUACCACUGAUUAGGAAGAAAAGAGAAUGAUGCUGUGGAGCUCGGGCAGAGAAGAAAGAAACCGAAGGGAGAUGAUGAAAGGGAUUUGUGUUGAACAUUUUGACAGACUUUGUUUUAACAAGACGCACAACAGAAAUGGCCAUGAAACAUUUGGAUCCAGCUUUGGUCGGAAUCGGUUGCCCAGACUCCAAAACAGCAGUGGAUGACCUCCAGCUGGGCAACAUAAAAGUGCCCUGCCCUGCUGUUUAAAUGACACUUGCAAACACAGGAAGGAGAGCUAUAGGAAAACAAUGGAAAGAGAAAAAAAGAAAGAGACAGACGGGAGAGUGUUUUCUCUUCUUCAAAAGGCUCCGAGUUGAAUUUUUAGAUGUUUGACCUAAAUCAAGAGACCCCUGACGGCCUGUGACUGUGCCCAGUUGCUCUGUACAUUUAAAUUUGAAGAGGAAGACGCGCCGCUACUUACAAACUAUUUAUAUGUGUGGACGUUUGCUUUCUGUCUCUUCCAGUACAAAAGAAAGAACUAAAAGGAUGUUUUUAUGGUUUUAGAGACAGGGUUCUGUGUGGACUGGUUCUUUGUAACCAUAAGUAUCACAUUCUCAUCAUGUCAUUUUUUUUUUGUUGUUUUAUUUUCUCAUCCAUGUUUCUUAUUAUAUUACAGUAUAUCUGAAUGAUGUCAAGUAUUGUAUAUGGUUUGGAUAUAUGUGUGCAACGAAGAGUUGUGGGAGUAAGUGCAGGAAGAUGCUUUAUUUUUGUUAUGAAAUAUAUUAUGCUUACUUAUAUCCAAGCAGGAAUUAUGUUUAUUUCUUUUGUUGUUGAAUGCCUGUAUUUAAUCCAUUGGAAAAGAUGCAAAAAUUUGUGGAAGUGUGGGAUCAGGGAGAAAAAAAAGGGUUUCAGCACCUGUUUGCAUUGGCAAUAUGUGUCAGAGGUGUGGAACGGGGAUAUAGCAGCUUAAACAUGCCCACUUCAUAUUGAGUGUCAUACUAUAGCUUAUUCUACAACCAUAAUAAGCACUGCCCAAUCCUUUUUUAUAACAAGAAAGCCAUUUCAUACAAACAUGCAGACAGCACAUCAAGGUGUGUUCAUGCCAAUCACAUAAACACACUAAAACUUUGUCAGAGCAACUAUAGUGUGCAAGUGCCCAUGUAUAAGGCAGGCUAGAGAGGGUGUGUGUGCGGCCACACACAAUCUCUCUCCUACAUGAAGUUAUUUUUCACCCAUAUCACUCUAAAGUUGAUAAGGACGAUGCCUGCCCAGUCUGCUUUACCAGCACACAUGUUGAAUCUGUAAAGAGCAAAGUCCACCUCCACCAGUUUAAAGAGUGAAAGAGUGAGCAAUACAAAUUGACAAGUGCAUGAAUGGGCUCCUUGUUUAGCCAGGCUUUAACUCUUCUGUUGACGGGAGAACAGAUCGCUGAUCACUUCACCCUUUGAUGGGAGUGGGACUCACACCUUAUGAAGCUACAUACCAUCAGAAAAGAUGAUGAUAAGGUGGCCUGAAAACAGUGCGGUGGUGACCUGAACCUGUGCCCAGAUUACUUCCUUACCAGAUUCUGAAAGAGUGAUGAAUGUGUAAUCAGGCCAACACGUAGCAAAAACAACUGUGCUCAAAUGAGGAAGUUUGAAGGAGAUUUUUCUAGCAGUACAAGAGUGAGUCACAUUGAAGUGAGUCAAUUGAAAGUAAAACAAGAAAAGUUUGACUAUUGUUGUAUCAGCUGCUGCUGAGUUGUGAACAUCAGAUCUAACAUAGACACAGCCUGCCUGUGAAUUAACUUACCAUCAGUUGACUGGUGCUAUAUUUAUAAGGCUGAUGUUUCAUCACUGUUUUGCAAUUCCGUUCGCAUCAAUGUAAGAUAGUGUUCUCAGUAAACAAGGGACCACGCUUCGAGCUAUUUGAUUAAAGAUAAUGCCAUUACCCUAUCACUAAGCCUUUAUCACUUUCCUUUUGGGCCUCCAUUGGAUAAAGACAGCAAUAAUCAUAAUUUAUAUAUUUAUGUU